AUGACUCAAGUGCAAAUUUUUAUUACAUUAUGGGGGUUAUUACAUUAUAUGGGAUAUAUUGCAUUAUCAGGUACUACACGCUGUGUUUAAUUUGCAGCCGGAGUGGGUGCUGCGCUAAAUUUGCCCUUUGUUCAUUGGGCAUCAUCCGCAACUGGUUAUGAGAUGCAGCAAAGAUAAACACCAAAUAUAUCAUUUGGAAGAGUAGGCCCGUUGAGGUCUAUUAAAUGUUGUCUUGAUUAGCAAAAUUAAAUCCUAUUACAAAAUUAAGAGUAUUAUUUGUCUUGUACUGUAUGUGGCAAUAGUUCAAGCUAUGGUAUAAAACAACUCUGUCAUCCCUCUAUUUAUGACCUGCAAACACAUUUUGUUUAAAGAAUAUUUGUUGUUUAAAUUUUGUUUUUAAAAAGAAAUGUGUUUAUCCAAGAGCAGCAAAAGCAGGCACAAGCAAAGCACACACCAGUAUCUAAGCAAUCAGGAAUGGUGUUUCCUCUCAAUAGAAUAGUUCAGAUGUUUAAAUUUUGCAAAAGGUCAAUUUUUUCUUUCUUUUUUUGAAUAUUGGGUAAUUGGUAUGAAGGGUGUUUCUGCUUAUAGGCCAAGCCAUAGGUCGGGUCGGCAAAUGCCCAGGUUUCUUUUGUCAAGCCUACAUGGGAGCCUUUAGGUGAUCAGCACCUCCUCCUCCUCCAGCACUAAUCACAGACACCUGUGCCUAAUCUCAAACCUGACCAUGUUUAUUGUUUUAUUUGUUUAUGAUAAUCUCCCUGUUUUUUAUUAACUAUGACGUGUGCUGCUGCCCUUCUUCGCCAGAUUACCCUUGUGAAAGAGGUCUUGAUAUCAAUCUGUUGUUUAUCUGUUGAAAUAAAGGUAGGGUUUGGCUACAUGGGAGUUGCAGGUUCAGUAAAAAGGUCAGAGUAGUCACAACAAAGGUAAUCAGCACCUCCUCCUUCUCCAGCACUAAUCACAGACACCUGUGCCUCAUCUCAAACCUGACCAUGUUCAUUGCUCUAACUGCCAGUGUAAAAAAGUCUUGGCUCCUGGAAGCUCGCUGUGGUCUGAGGCUUGAUUCUCAGUCAGUGUCAGGAUGAGAGUCGUCUGGUUUCAGCGCUCAGUCUUCAUGUUAGUGGGAAUUGCACUUGUACUUAAUCUGGGCAUAUUUCUGAAACCUGGGACAGAAAAGGAGCUGGACACAUCGCAACUGAUCAAGAGGUCUUCUGACCUGGAGAUGAGUAUCAGCAAACUGCUCAGCGUACUUCAAACUAUUGAGAAGAAACAAGAUGCCAUGCAGAAAAUGCUUGAAGAUGAUGGAAAAAGACAAACAAGGAGUGCAGUGGACCAACAGCAGCCAGAGGUCCAGAAGCAGACUGAGCAGAAAGAACCACCUAAAGCAAAGAUCCGAGAGCACAAAGAGGUGGCCAAAGCCGAAACAUUUAAGAAACUGUACCCGGACUCUCCACUGUUCAGUGGACAGUGGGGACACAAUCUGUCUGAGGUUGACCAAAAAGAGGCGCUGGCUCUGUUUAACAUGUAUGGAUACAACGCUUUUCUCAGCGAUCGACUUCCUCUAGAUAGACCUCUUCCAGAAACCAGGGAACCAGGAUGUUUGAAAAGGACUUAUCCAAAAGACCUGCCAAGUCUCGCAGUGGUGUUAAUCUACCUGGAUGAAGCUCUGUCUGUCAUCAAAAGGGCCCUUUGCAGCAUCAUCAACCGCACUCCUAAAAACAUACUAAAGGAGAUAAUAAUGGUGGAUGACAACAGCUCCAAAGAAAAUCUGAAGGGCGACCUGGACAUGUAUGUGAAGUCCCUUGAGCAAGAGAACCCAACUCUUAAUAUCACAAGAGUGCGGCACAACAAGCAGCGAGGGCUUUCAUACGCCAGAGUCUCGGGGUUGAGAGCUGCGACUGCUGAUGUGGUUGCCAUUCUCGAUGCACACAUUGAAGUCCAUGAGAUGUGGGCUGAACCCCUGCUGACACAAAUCAAAGCUGACCGAACAGUGGUGGUGUCGCCAGUAUUUGACAAAGUCAACUUUGAUGAGCUCAGGGUUAUUAAGUACAUUCCAUCAGCACACGCCUUUGACUGGGCUUUGUGGUGCAUGUAUGAGAGCUUCACGCCUGAAUAUUACAAGCUCAAAGACGGCUCACUACCUGGGAAAAGUCCAUCUGUCAUGGGGAUCCUAGCUGCUGACAGGAUGUUUCUUGGGGAAAUUGGUGCCCUGGAUGAAGGCAUGAAGGUGUAUGGUGGAGAAAAUGUUGAGCUGGGAAUACGUGUGUGGACAUGCGGAGGCAGUGUUGAAGUAGUUCCAUGCUCCAAGAUCGCCCAUAUUGAGAGGAGGCACAAGCCUUACCAGUUAGACCUAAGUUCUGUCAUGAGGAGAAACGCCCUGAGGGUAGCAGAAAUAUGGAUGGAUGAAUACAAACACAACAUCAACCUGGCUUGGAACGUGCCAUUUGAGAAUCAUGGAAUUGACAUUGGGGAUGUGUCCGAGAGGAAAAAACUCAGAGAAAGGUUGAAGUGUAAACCUUUCAAAUGGUACCUGGAAAACGUGUAUCCCAAGUUGGAUCCCUGGGACAACAUACUUGGCUAUGGAGGAAUGAAGAACCUUGAUGCUGGCAUGUGCAUAGACCAAGGCCCAGUGCCAGGUCACACACCAAUUGCCUACAACUGCUACUACUAUAGUCCACAAAUCACAUAUUACCGCGGGACUGGUGAGCUCUACAUUGGUGGCAUUAAAGCCCACAAGUACAAUGACAACAGGUGUUUAACUGAUCCUGGCAAAAAUGAAACAAAUCCUGGUCUUUACAACUGCAAAGAGGCCGUGCAGAAAGGAAUGGGAAUAUACUGGGACUUUACUCAGGGCAAAGAACUGAGGAAUAGAAGGACAGAAAGAUGUCUGGAGAUGAAAGAUCACAAGCUUCUGAUACAGGAAUGCUCUGGCCAAAGAUGGACAAUCCAACACAUAAUCAAAGCUUUUUGAAUUGGAAAAAAAAAAAGUACUUCUCUGCUCUUAGGUGAUGGGCAAAAACUGAAUGUUUGAAAUGAAAAUUAUGGCAAUUUAAAUUGCCUCUUGUUUUGUAUGGGAAAAGUAAGUAUAAAUAUAUUUUCUGGCUUUGUCUCUCCACAGGAAAAUGUGUUACUAACCACCUUGUUAAUUUUAUAAAUGAUUAAAAAUGUAGGUUUCAAAUUGUGACAAAUUCAGCUGAUCCUAUAACCUGUAGUAAUAAUACAAACAUGCCUCAUUUUUCGCCAUUCUCAUAUGAGGGGGUUUUAGCUGGGACAGAAGCAAAACUUCUGAAUAUUCUUUCAUAUACAGUAUUUCAGACUGUACAUCACUAUGUACCAAACUGCUUCUAUAAAGAUAGUAUACAAUCGCCACUAGUUGUUGGAUCUUUGGUCAUCCACUGAUUUCAAAAAUCACAACCAGACCUGAACCGGCCCACGGGUCAUGAAGCCUGAACCCAACCCGGCCUGACACACCAGCAUGAAUUGUCCGUCCGAACCGACCCGACCGACCAAUACAUUUCCCCAUUGAUCGAAGCGCGGUGUAGAACCUGAUAAUGUAAUAAAUCCCCGGUAAUGUAAUAACCCCGAUAAUGUAAUAAAAAUGUGCACUUGAGUCCAUUGAAAAUGUAAUAAAACCUGAUAAUGUAAUACACUUUUUACCAAUAAUGUAAUACACUUUUUACCAAUAAUGUAAUAAAGUAUUACAUUAACGGGAGGUUAUUACAUUAUCAGGUUAUCCUUCAUUUCGCAGGUCCUGAUAAUGUAAUAAUUCCCCAAUAUUGUAAUAAUUUAACAGCAGACCACCCGUUACUUGGGUUCAAGUGGUGAUACCGUGUGUCAACGUAGGCUCGAUUGA